AUGGACGCUCCAUCCGAGACGGACUUUCCCAGUCGGCCUGGUGGCGAUAAGUGCAAAGAUGAAGCCAUUUUGGACGAAACCGUUGAUGUCCCCGGCUACGAUUCCAGCCUUGAAUUUGACCGAAGAGAGAUCCGUAAAGCUUUAUUGAAGGUUGAUUUUCUGAUCUUGCCUCCAAUUGUGCUUUGUUUCUGCUUCCUGCAAUUUGACCGAAGCAAUAUUGGCAAUGCCCUCACCGAUACCCUCCGAAAGGAUAUCAAUGUGGGAAAUAGAGAAAUAAACUUGUCACAGACGCUGUUUACUGUCGGCUUUAUUAUUACAGAGCUGCCUUUCAACAUGGUUAGCAAGUACAUCGGACCUGAGCGAUUUCUGCCAAUGACAAUGUUCCUUUGGGGCAUUGUGACAUGGUCUCAAGUCUUUAUAAGAAACGCAACCGGUCUUUUCGCAACUCGCUUUUUUAUUGGUGCACUGGAAGGUGGCUACAUACCGGGGUUUGCUCUUUAUAUCUCUAGAUUCUAUACAAAUCAAGAGCUUGCAUUUCGAUAUGCUAUCUUCUGGGCUGCAAACAGCUUUGCAGGAGCUUUAGGUGGGCCCUUGUCAAUUGGUUUACUUUCCCUAGGUGGACGAGGUGGGCUGCACGGAUGGCAGUGGCUUUUCCUUAUUGAGGGGGCGCUGACAUGCUUCCUGGGCGUUGUUGCCUAUUUAUAUUUCCCUCAUAAUGCCGCUAAAUCCAAGUCCUUCUUCGGUAUAUCUUUUUCAGUUUUCACCACGAGAGAAGCUUCUAUCCUGGUUACUCGGGUAAUCUACAACGACCCGACGAAAGCGCUGAGAUACGGAAAGCCGGUCCUACCCUCUCACAUUCUAAGCACGUUCAGCGAUUGGAGACUCUAUGGUCAUCUCGUGACUGCAUUGCUUUCUAUGGUGAUGAUAUCACCAAUGAAUACAUACGCGCCGUCCAUUAUCGAGUCUCUUGGGUUCAGUUCCUGGCAGGCGAACGGUCUUAACUCGGUCGGCAGCAUAUGUGCCUUGAUAUGGUCUGUGUUACUCGCAUUUAGUAGCGAUAAAUUCCAAGAACGCGGAUUCCACAUUGCGGUUGGAUAUUUAUGGGGGGCGGCUGGCCUCCUUUGGCUCGCACUAUCCCCUGAUAAUGUCGGCAAGUGGAUUCUUUAUGGAGGCGUUGUCUGGGUUCAAAUGGGCAUGGGGAGUGCACAAGCGAUCAGUGCUGCGUGGCUAACUGCCAAAAUGCAGGACUCCAACUAUUUCGCGCACAAGAUGCACCUCGCUAUAGAUACGGCUUAA